AUGUGUAAGACCAUGCAGAGUAUGGCAGCGGCCACGCUGGUGAAUGAUUUCCCGCAGUUUGGCCCGUUGGGACGUAAGCUACGUAAUGAGGCUGUCGAUAUCAUUGCAAAAGAGACUAUCUUAGAUGAUAAGUCUUUAUUGGCUUUACUCAUGCUCGGCCAGACAGCCAGCUGGCACGACUCCAAAGAUCUAGGAAUCUCGUUCUUCAAUCUACUUCGGAAUCACCUUGAGACCAAGCCCUUGGAGAUCACCAAUUCAGAGCGUGGUAAUAAUCAUCAGUUCUUCCAGGAAGCUUUGGUAUACUGGGAAAUGCUUCUGUCGUUUGUUGCAGAUGACACAGCAGUCCUAUCAGGCAAUGCAGCUGCAGACUCAGGCGGGCCACUGGUCUUGCAGCGGAUACCGCAUCCGUGGACUGGGAUCGCCCGCGAUACCCAAUUCACUGUUCAGGAAGUAGGAAGACUCGUGCGUUGCGAGAGAAAGCGCAUCCGUGCCAGGGUGUUUACCUCGCGUGCUGAUAUCGCCGAGGCCCAGAAGGCUAUUGAGAAAGCGCGAGAGCUAGAAGAACGACUCCUUGAACUGGCACAUCCGGCUGAAGCUGAAAUAGUUAGCCCCGGCGAUGACGAGACUCCGGUGUGGCACCUGUUAACCAUGGCGGAAGUGUACCGAUGUACAGGCCUCAUGCAACUGUAUCGCGUCUUCCCGGAUCUCCUUUACCGUCGUCUAGGCUCGCAGCAACCUUCUUCCCAAUCCUACAAUCAACAGUCAAGUGCAACCCCUCGCGAUCCAUUCCUAUCCGUAGACACUGCCCCCGACCUGAUCAACUCAGCCUGGUUCGAAUCUAUGUAUCUACAACCCGAAAGCAACCCACCAAACGACUCGGAGACUCUCCCAGACACUUAUUACGAUAGCUGGCUAACAGAGUUCGCUCUGACCACUCUAUCUCGCCUAAAAACGAUCCCCAUUGAAUCUCGCACCCGAUGUCUCCAACCCUUCUUGCUCGUGGCCUCCAGCAGCGAGCUCCGUCUACCUCGGUCAGAAGUUUCACUCGAUAUUAGCGGUCCAAAUAUCUCCUCGCAUGCCAUCGAAGUAUCUCGUUCGAGACAAUUUGUCCUCGGACGACUCACUUCGUUCUUGCAUGUGCUUCCCCCGAAACCGAUCGAUGUCUGCUUGCAGAUCGUGAAGGAAGUCUGGAGACGGAUGGACGCAAGGGAAUCAAAUGUGUACUGGAUGGAUGUGAUGAUCGAGAAAGGAUGGGAGACGACAAUGGGCUAA